AUGGGUACUUCUGACAACAACAACUUUCUCCAAGUUGUCUUCAACAACUUCGAUGUUCUUGCUCUGCCCUUGGUUACUCUUGUUUACCCUUUAUAUGCUUCAAUUAAGGCUAUAGAGACCAAGUCUAGUGCUGAUGAUCAACAAUGGCUCACGUAUUGGAUUCUGUAUUCCAUUAUCACAAUAUUUGAACUCACAUUUGCCAGAGUUCUUGAACUGCUUCCCAUUUGGCCUUUUGCCAAGUUGAUAUUCAGUUGCUGGUUGGUUCUGCCUCACUUCAACGGGGCUGCGGUUGUUUAUAGGAAUUACAUUAGACCAUUCUAUAUGAACCCACAAAUCCCAAUUCCACACGCUUCUCAAAUCUGGUAUGUUCCACGAAAGAAGUCCUUAUUCAGUGAACCAGAUGAUGUUCUAAGUGCUGCUGAGAGAUAUAUGGAGGAACAUGGUACAGAAGCAUUUGAAAGACUUAUAAGCAAGAAUGACAGACAAGCUAGAGCAAGAAGGAAUGGAAAUUACAUGAUCUUUGAUGACGACUAUAGAUAUUGA